AUGGACAAUAUUUAUUCCAAGUCUGGUUCAAGGCAGUAUCCAGAUGAAUUGGAUAUGAUAGAAACUAAUCUCUACCUCAGUGGUGAGGCAGAAGCCAGAAAUGUUGAAACUCUUAAAAAAUACAAAAUUACUCACAUACUCACUAUCAAUGAUUUCCCUUUAACUGGUACUGUAAAAAGUGCCCUAGGAUAUCUUCAAAUAAAGUACAUUAGGCUUCCAGACUUAAGCUCUUCAGACUUAUUGUCUUAUUUCGACGAAACCUAUGAAUUUAUUAGAGAGGGUGUUGCCAAAGGAGCCGUACUUGUGCACUGUCAAAUGGGUGUAUCCAGAAGUGCCUCAGUUGUUAUAGCCUAUAUUAUGAAGAAAUAUAAUUUAACCUACAGACGACACUACUCCCGGGAGAACCAGAAACCAGAUCCAGAAAGCCACACAGAGCCAGAGAUCAACCUACAGAUCCAGAAGGCCACUACAGAGCCAGAGAUCUACCUACAGAUCCAGAAGGCCACUACAGAGCCAGAGAUCAACCUACAGAACCAGAAACCAGAUCCAGAAAGCCACUACAGAGCCAGAGAUCAACCUACAGAUCCAGAGGGCCACUACAAAGCCAGAUAUCAACCUACAGAUCCAGAGGGCCACUACAGAGCCAGAGAUCAAACUACAGGAUCGCUUGCAGAGCCACUCCAGAACCAGGAGAGCCACAACGUCCAGAAACAUAAACAAAUUGUAAGUUUUUGA